AUGUAUCUCGAAGAUCAAUCUCAAGCUGAUCGCUUCUACAAAUCUUCGACCCGCUCUUCACUCAAGAACCAACAAGGAGGUGUCAGCUUCAUUGCCUGGUAUCUUCAUCCGCAAGUCUUAUCGGGUGAGUACACAAAUCCACCCCUGCAUGAUAUGAACUGCUUCCGAACCACGAAGGGCAUAAUCAAUUUCAUCCGCAGCAGAAAGAGUUGCGCAAAGCACUCAAUGAAGCCGAUGAGACAGCUGGAUGGACGGUACCUCGCGACGAUCUUGGAUUUGCAUAUGAAAGACUUGCAUUGGCUGAGGGAAUUGCGCCGCGAUAUUAAACAGCACAUGCAGGACAAAUUUGGCUACGAGACGCAGAAUGACAGCUUGCAAAUGUACUUUCAUUUUCCGUAUGAAGAGAGCAGGACGACAUUGCACCUCCACAUCCGGCUGAACCAGGAAAUGCUGCCGGUAGCGAAACUGAAGGCCAUCCAGCUGGAAGACGAGGUCGACGAGCACAAAAGCAAGCUGGUGGAAGGCUACUUCAUCCAGAAUAUCAACAUGUCAAGUCAUCCAUCGUCAUGGCCUAAGGCAGGAGUUAGUGAUGCUGAGAUGCAGCACCAGUUACAAAACCUCGGAGACGAUGCAGUGCCACAUCAAAUUCGGGUACACCAGCAAGCCAGUGCAAGCCAGCUGGCUCGUGAUGAUUUAAGACAAAGGCUCCACAAGCAACUAGAGAUUAACAAGCCUGGCUAUAUUGAGGCAAAGGAUGUUUCCGUAUGUACCAAAAUCCAAUGGCGCCCUUUGUGCUACACGUUCGAGGCGGAGACUACGGUCAUCGACGAGCUGUUCCAGUCGAAGAUUGCUGAUCUAAAGGGAGCUAAAGCGCUACAGAAGCAUCACCCUAGCAAGGAGGAAUUGGCUACAAGUGAUAGUCGUUUCGACCGCAGCGAAACUGGAGACACUUUGUACUUGUUCUAUGCGAUGAAGAGCUGCACCAUCAACGGUCGUACUUCCGUGGCUUUGAUGUACAUGGAGUGCGAUUUCCGGAUCUGGCCAGCAGAAGCUUCCGCUGAUCCAAAAGGGGUCACGCCUGCAUCCCUGGAGCGUUAUGCUGCAGGACUUCGCUACCGUGCUGCGGAGAACUGUUUAGCAGUUCUUUCCUAG